CCAAAUGAGCAAAUACCAACUCCAAACAUAACAACUAAUUCUCCAACAUAUAUCAAGUGCCAGCUAAAUAAGGCGAUCUUUCAAACAUCAUCAUUUAUAUUUCAUUCUUUAGUUAUUACCCUCUAUAAAUAGAAACACCAUUUGCUUCUGUUUUUUUCAUUCCAUCAAAACUACUUUAAAAAGAAACUUUUUUUUGUGAAGGUUAAAUUUGUCUUUUUGAUUAAAAUGGUGAAGGAAUUGUUGUCUAGAAUUGCAGCAGGAAAUGGGCAUGGUGAAGAAUCUGCCUAUUUUCAUGGGUGGAAAGCAUAUGAAAAUGACCCUUUUCACCCUGUCAAUAAUCCCAGUGGUGUUAUUCAGAUGGGUCUUGCAGAAAAUCAGCUUUCCUUUGACAUGGUGAAAGACUGGGUUGUGAAAAAUCCUGCUGCUUCCAUUUGUACUGUUGAAGGAGUUGAUCACUUCAAGGAUAUUGCCAUCUUUCAAGAUUACCAUGGUUUGCCAGCGUUUAGAAAUGCUGUGGCAAGAUUUAUGGAGAAAGUGAGAGGUUUUAAGGUGACAUUUGAUCCUGAUCGCAUAGUAAUGAGUGGUGGAGCUACUGGAGCCCAUGAGUUAAUGGCAUUUUGCUUAGCUGACCCUGGUGAAGCUUUCCUGGUUCCCACACCCUACUAUCCUGGAUUUGACCGAGAUUUGAGAUGGAGAACAGGGGUGGAGCUUUUCCCAGUGGAAUGCCAUAGUUCAAAUAACUUCAAAGUAACAAGAGAAGCCCUAGAAGAAGCAUAUAAGAAAGCUGAAGAAGCCAAAAUAACAAUAAAAGGGUUACUUAUAACCAACCCAUCAAACCCACUAGGAACAGUCCUAGAUAGAGAGACCUUAACAAGCAUAUUAACUUUCACUAAUGAGAAAAACAUCCACUUAGUAUGUGAUGAGAUAUAUGGAGCCACAGUGUUUGGGUAUCCAGAGUUCGUAAGCAUAUCAGAGAUCAUACUCGAGCACAACUACAACUCCGAUCUGAUACACAUAGUGUAUAGUCUCUCUAAGGACUUGGGUUUUCCCGGGUUUAGGGUUGGGAUUGUGUACUCCUACAAUGAUAAAGUUGUAAACUGUGCUAGGAAAAUGUCGAGUUUUGGGCUUGUUUCGACUCAAACACAAAGGCUUAUAGCCUCAAUGCUCUCAGAUGAGGACUUUGUUGAGAACUUCUUAGGUGAAAGUAGCAAAAGGCUUGAAACAAGACACAAUGAAUUCACUUGGGGACUUAGCCAAGUAGGAAUCCAAUGCUUGAAAAGCAAUGCCGGUCUUUUUGUAUGGAUGGAUUUACGCCAACUCAUUGAUCAAGAUCCAACUGUGGAGGGAGAGCUCGCUCUAUGGCGCGUAAUCAUCAAUGAAGUUAAGAUCAAUGUGUCCCCAGGAUCUUCCUUCCAUUGCCAUGAAGCAGGGUGGUUUAGGGUUUGUAUUGCAAACAUGGAUGAUGAUACAAUGCAGAUUGCUUUAAGAAGGAUUAGGAGUUUUGCAGCACAAAAGGUUGCAAAGGCAAAGCCUGUUGUUACUUCUACAAAGAGGAAAUGCUGGCAAACCAAUCUUCAACUCCGAUUAUCGUCUCGAAGGUUGGAAGAUUUAAUGGGGGUUUCGCAGAUUGGAUCUCCGCAUUCACCCUUGCCUACAUCACCCCUCGUUCGAGCUCAGCAUUAGUACCAUUUUUUAUUUUUAACAUGGCACAAAUCUUUUAAUGUAAUAUUUCAAAUAAGAUUGAUCAUAUAUAAUAUCCAUAUAUAUAUAUAUAUAUAUAUAUAUAUAUAGAUUAUCCUGUCUUGUAACUUUGUGUGUAGGAUUUGUUGAUCAAGUUUGGAGUGUAAAAUGUAAUGAGCAAUUGUAUGUAGUAUUUGAGAAUAGGAGAUUACAAAUGUGUAAUCUUCAAAUUAUAUCAAAUAUAAAGUCACGGUGGUUAAUCUUCACGUCA